AUGGUUAAAAAGAAGAGUGUCAGUCAAAGUUUGGAUCAGAAGAUAUAUGACCUUAUCCAUUCAUUGCUUGAGGAAGAAACAACCGAGAACAAGAAAAAAUGUGGUGAAGAUGAGAGCGAUCCGUUCGAGUAUAUAGCCUUAGCUCGAGACUUGAGAACAGGACAAGUACUUGAGUAUGUACAAUUAAAAGACUUCCAGAUGAGGCGGAUGAAGCGGGCGUCGUUGGAGAAGUCCAUUGAUGCGGUUUUGCAGGAGGUGAGGAAUGACGAAGCCGAAGAGUUGGCGGAUAUUAUCAAGCAGAAGGAUGCGAAAGCAUUGGCCGAAGCUGCGAAUGCUGAUAGUGAUUUUGAUAACGUAGAUGAUGCGAACUUGAUGGAGGUGAAGGAUACCAAUUCGUUUAACAAAUCAGUAGUAUCAUUAUGGCAAACACAGUCCAAAGAGGCGACCAGUGAGCCACAAACGGGUGACAAGCCUAGUGAAGAAGCACAAGCAGACGACAAAAAGCAGAAGAAACGGACAAAGGAUUCAUCAAAACAGUCCUUGAAGAGACAGAAGAGUAAAAUAGACCACACACCUCCUACCUCGAAAUUGUCGUCUUUGGGUGGGCUUGAAAGCAUCACCACUCAAUUGAUGGAGUUAAUAGGGUUACCGAUCUUACAUCCGGAAAUAUAUUUGUCUACAGGUGUAGAGGCACCUCGUGGUGUGUUAUUAUAUGGCCCACCAGGUUGCGGAAAGACGACAAUUGCAAAUGCAUUGGCAGGAGAAUUACAAGUGCCGUUUUUGAACAUAUCUGCUCCUUCCGUAGUUUCGGGUAUGUCUGGUGAGUCGGAAAAGAAGCUUCGUGAAAUAUUCGAUGAAGCAAAAACAUUGGCACCUUGUAUUAUAUUCAUGGACGAAAUAGAUGCAAUAACUCCAAAAAGAGAUGGUGGUGCACAAAGGGAAAUGGAAAGAAGAAUCGUAGCCCAAUUAUUAACUUUAAUGGACGAAUUAACAUUGGAUAAAACCGAUGGUAAGCCUGUUGUUGUUAUAGGUGCUACUAAUAGACCUGAUUCCUUAGAUGCUGCCUUAAGAAGGGCGGGUAGAUUUGAUAGAGAAAUAUGUUUAAAUGUUCCAAAUGAGGAUCAAAGAUGCUCCAUUUUGUCUACAAUGACAAAGAACUUAAAGUUGCAAGAAGGUGAACAUUUUAAUUUUAGAGAGUUGGCUAAAAUGACACCUGGUUAUGUUGGAGCUGAUUUGAAAAGUUUAGUUACUGCUGCAGGUAUCACUGCCAUAAAGAGAAUCUUUGAAAGUUUAAGUGAACAAGAAGAGGAAAUGCUUUUGCAAGAAGUUGAAUCAAUUGAUAUAGAUCCAAUGGAUGUUGAUAAUAAUGGAAAUGAUGAAGCUAAGAGUAAUAUCCAAGAUGGUGCAUUGAGCCCUAACAAUGCAUUUGUAGCUAAAUUCGAAAAUAAGUCUGAUCUUGAAAAAUUAUCUACUAUCCAAAGAUUCUUAGUCAAGCACCCAAACCCUUUAAGUGCCGAGCAAUUAGCCCCAUUAUGUAUAAACUAUUCUGAUUUCUUGAAUGCUAUUCCAACAAUACAACCGACUGCCAAAAGAGAAGGUUUUGCUACCGUUCCCGAUGUUACCUGGCAACAUGUUGGUGCAUUGGCCCAUAUCAGAAUGGAGUUACAUAUGUGUAUUGUGCAGCCAAUUAAAAAGCCAGAAUUGUAUUUGAAGGUUGGUAUAAGCGCACCGUCUGGUGUAUUAUUGUGGGGUCCACCAGGUUGUGGUAAAACAUUAUUGGCCAAGGCCGUAGCUAACGAAUCCCGUGCAAAUUUUAUCUCUAUUAAGGGACCUGAAUUAUUAAACAAAUAUGUUGGUGAAUCUGAAAGAGCUGUGAGGCAAGUUUUCCAAAGGGCUAAAGCAUCUGUGCCAUGUAUCAUCUUCUUUGAUGAGUUGGAUGCGUUGGUUCCUAAGAGAGAUACUUCAUUAUCCGAAUCUAGUUCCCGUGUUGUCAAUACUUUAUUGACUGAAUUGGAUGGUUUAAAUGAUAGAAAGGGUGUCUUUGUGAUUGGUGCUACAAACAGACCAGAUAUGAUCGAUCCUGCUAUGUUGAGACCAGGAAGAUUAGACAAAACAUUAUAUAUUGAAUUGCCUACAAAUGAUGAAAGAUUCGAAAUUUUGAAGACCUUAGUGAAUGCCAACAAUACUCCAUUACACAAGGAUGUUGAUUUAAGAGCAGUUGCUGACGAUGAAAAAUGCAGAAAUUUCUCCGGUGCUGAUUUGUCAUCGUUAGUAAGAGAAGCUGGUGUGUUAGCAUUGAAAAAGAAAUUCUUUCAGGGUCAACAAAUAAAGGAAUUAGAUUCCUCAGGAUUCUAUGAGUCUACAGAGGGUAACGAUGAUGAUGAUAUUGUAGUAACUAAUGAUGAUUUUAAGAGAGCAUUAUCUAGCAUUAAUCCAAGUGUGAGUGAUAAAGACAGAUUAAAGUAUGAAAGAUUGAAUAGGAGAAUGGGGUGGAAUGUAAUAAGUGACACCAAAGAUGAAUCUGAAACAAAUAAGGAGAAUGGUACUUCAGAUGUCGCUUAA